AUGCCUCAUCUCCCUCAGGAUGGCCUAAAUGGGGAUUCAUCGACCUUACCAGGCUUCUCAUCUGGUGCUUCGCAGACCGAAGAGACCUCGCCGGACAGGUCGACAGAAGAUAGCGCUGCCAUACUCGCAUUGCGCAACUUCAUCUUUGAUAUUUGCAACCAGAAUGGCGGGGGACAUGGAGGGUCAGCCAUCGGCAUGGCUGCUAUAGGCGUAGCUCUCUGGAAAUAUGUGAUGCGCUAUAACCCAUCCAACCCAGAUUGGUUUGAUCGAGAUAGAUUCGUCCUCUCAAAUGGCCAUACAGCGAUGUUUCUGUAUGCGUUGAAUCACCUUACCGGUUUCGAUAACUGGACAAUGGAACAGAUUAAGGGAUAUGGAAGUGCCAAACUCAAUGGCUACAAAACCAUCUGCCACGCUCAUCCUGAGAUUGAAGAUGCUGGUGUUGAAGUAACCACUGGUCCUCUUGGACAAGGGAUUGCUAAUGCGGUAGGGCUAGCUAUUGCGUCGAAAAAUUUGGCCGCUCGAUUCAAUCGACCUAGCUACGAUAUUGUCAAGUCACGAGUCUACUGCAUGACUGGAGACGGUUGUCUGAUGGAAGGCGUGGCGCUCGAAUCAAUAUCGCUGGCCGGGAGCCUAGGGCUAGACAACUUGGUACUCAUCUAUGAUAACAACCAAGUAACUUGUGACGGGCCUCUUGACUGGAUCAACACUGAGGAUGUCAAUACCAAAAUGAAAGCAUCUGGGUGGCAUGUAUUAGAUAUCGCCGAUGGCUCUUAUGAUGUCCAGUCGAUUGUUUCAGCCCUCGAAUCCGCCCGAUCUUUGAAAGGCAAACCUACUUUCAUCAACAUCCGAACAGUCAUCGGGCUGGGAACACAAGUUGCCGGUACUUACAAGGCACACCAUGGCGCAUUUGAUAAGGCCAGUAUAGAAGCGUCUAAGUGCUUGGCAGGACAAAACCCAGUUAUCACGCACAUCAUUCCUCCCGCUCAGCUAAUCUACUUCCGAGAGCGCAAAAAACAUGGCGAAGACAUACAGAGAGAAUGGGACUCUCUUGUGAGCUCUUAUACUACAGUAUACCCUUCUCUAGGAGAAGAGCUGAAGAAUAGACGGGGUGGAAGCUAUGGUACUGAGUGGCUUGAAAUUCUCAAUCAUUUUGAUAUCGCUAAAUUUAAUGGAAAAGCCACACGAGAAGUGAAUGGUGUACUAAUAGAGAAGAUGUGGAAGGCAAUCCCAGCACUAUGUGGCGGAGGUGCUGAUCUGGUCAAUUCCAACAAGUUUCCAUAUCUGGAGUCAGAUGUUUUCCACCCUUCAGUUAGUUUUGGAGGUCGUUAUAUUCGUUACGGCAUCCGUGAACACGCCAUGGCCGCCAUCUCAAAUGGUCUGGCGGCUUACAACCCUGGGACUUUCCUUCCUUUAACGGCUACUUUUCUCAUGUUUUACCUCUACGCCGCUCCAGGUGUCAGAAUGGGUGCUCUAAGUCAUUUACCUGUUAUUCACUGCGCCACUCACGAUUCUUUCGCUGAAGGUCAGAAUGGACCUACUCAUCAGCCAGUAGAAGUUGAUUCCCUAUAUCGAGCCAUGCCAAAUUUGAAUUAUAUCCGACCCGCCGAUGCGGAAGAGACCAUUGGUGCCUGGAUAAUCGCUCUUGGUAACGUCACCAAGCCCACAAUUCUAUCACUGGGACGUGAUCCAGUCGGAUACGUUCCUGGAACCGACCGUCAGAAAGUACAAAAAGGAGCCUAUGUGAUUGUCGAAGCAAAUGAAGCAAAGCUUACAUUGGUCAGCUGUGGAACUAAUCUACACUAUGUCGUUGCCGCUGCAAAGUCGCUUUCAGAAUCAGGAGUCCAAACACGUGUAGUCAGCGCCCCAAGUUUCGACCACUUUGAUCAACAAGACAGCAACUACAAAAACACUGUUUUCCCUCUAGAUGGGACACCGAUUAUCAGUGUAGAGGAAUAUGUAGCCACAACGUGGGCUCGAUACGCAACGGCCAGCAUUGGCAUGACUGGAUACGGAUAUUCCGCAUCAAAUGCCAGCAAUUACGAUAGAUUUGGGUUGGAUACAAACGGUAUUGAAAAGCGUGUGAGAAAGUAUAUGGAUGACUUAAAAGGCAGCAACGCGCGUAUGGCUGGAUGGCGCCAGUUGUGA